AUGGGUUCCAAGGAAGGACUCCCCCGUACCGUCGUCCACUUCUUGCUCCUAAUUGUCUGCAUAGCCAGCAAAUGUCUAGCAGCAUCAGGUCUGAAUUCAACCCAGAUGGUCACCCUCAAGGUUGAUGCCUCACCAAAGCUUGCUCGAAAGAUCCCUGAUACAUUCCUUGGGGUGUUUUUUGAGGAGAUGGGCCACGGAGGAGCUGGUGGAAUAUGGGCAGAACUUGUUAGUAACAGAGGUUUCGAAGCAGGAGGCCCCAAUACUCCAUCGAACAUUGACCCCUGGCUCAUCGUUGGAGACGACUCCUCCAUUUUUGUGGAGACUGAUCGUUCCUCAUGUUUCAGUCGAAACAUAGUCGCUUUGAGGAUGGAGGUCCUCUGCAAUGACUGCCCAGCUGGUGGUGUUGGCAUUUACAACCCAGGAUUCUGGGGCAUGAACAUAGAAGAUGGGAAGGCAUACAAUCUAGUUAUGUACGUUAAGUCGCCAAAAACUACAUGCUUGACAGUUUCACUAACAAGCUCUGAUGGGUUGCAAAGUCUGGCUUCAGUUAACAUUAUAGUUGCAGGGAAGUCGAAGUGGAUAAAGGUGGAGAAGAAGUUGGUUGCUAAAGGAACUAACAGAACCUCAAGGCUUCAAAUAACAUCUAAGAAGAAAGGAGUUGUGUGGUUUGACCAAGUAUCACUCAUGCCUGCAGACACAUACAAGGGACACGGUUUUCGUAACGGACUCGUAUCCAUGCUUUUGGAUUUAAAACCACGAUUCUUAAGAUUUCCUGGGGGUUGCUUUGUGGAAGGUGGUUGGCUAAGAAAUGCAUUCAGGUGGAGACAAUCUAUUGGUCCGUGGGAAGAGAGGCCAGGACACUUCGGAGACUGUUGGCAGUACUGGACCGAUGAUGGUCUUGGAUAUUAUGAAUUUCUUCAGCUUUCAGAGGACAUAGGUGCUGCCCCAAUCUGGGUAUUCAACAAUGGAAUCAGCUACAACGAUGAAGUUAAUACUGCUACUAUUGGCCCCUUUGUGAAGGAUAUAUUGGACAGCUUAGAAUUUGCUAGGGGCAGUGUAAAUUCAACAUGGGGCUCUGUUAGAGCUAAAAUGGGGCACCCUAAACCAUUUCCAGUCAAGUAUGUUGCAAUUGGAAAUGAAGAUUGUGAGAGAAAGUUUUACAAAGGUAAUUACCUCAAGUUUUACAAUGCAAUAAGAGAGGCCUAUCCAGACAUUCAGUUGAUUUCGAACUGUGAUGGCUCAUCUGUACCACUUGAUCAUCCUGCUGAUAUAUAUGACUUCCAUGUCUAUGCUGAUGCUAAGACUCUGUUUUCCAUGAAGAACACAUUUGACAAGUCACCCCGCAGUGGACCCAAGGCUUUUGUCAGCGAGUAUGCAGUUUGGAAAACUGACGCAGGUAGAGGAACUCUUCUUGCUUCAUUGGCAGAAGCUGCUUUCCUCACUGGACUGGAGAAGAACAGUGAUGCUGUUAAGAUGGCUUGCCAUGCUCCACUAUUCGUAAAUGACGAUAUUGAGAAAAAGUGGAACCCAGACGUCAUUGUCUUCAACACAUGGCAGCAUUACGGGACUCCUAGUUACUGGAUGCAGAAGAUUUUCCGCGAGUCUAGUGGUGCUAUGGUUCAUCCAACAACAAUCAGUUCCGGUAGCGGUAGCUCUGCAAAUUCUCUAGCAGCGUCUGCAAUUACCUGGAAGGAUUCAGAGAAUCAUUCGUUCCUAAGAAUAAAGAUUGUAAACUUCGAAUCUGAUGCUGCUAGAGUCACAAUCUCCACAACUGGACUUGAAUCUAGCAUUGAUGUGCUGCGAUCGACCGCUACUGUUCUCACAUCAACCAAUGUGAUGGAUGAAAAUUCUUUCAUUAACCCAAACAAGAUCGUGCCUGUCAAGAGCCAGCUAUUCGAAGCAGGAGCGCAGAUGCAAGUCACGCUGGCUCCUCACUCAUUCACAUCCUUCGAUCUUACUCUGGCUCCGUCCAAACUUGUCACGUUGGCUGAUGUCUGA